UGUGCGAUAGUUCACUAUCGGACGCUGCUCCAAUGCCCUGGAUCAGAGCGUCUGUCUCCUCGCAGGACCCGUCCGCUCUACCCACAGUUCCCCGCGCUCAGACAAGAUGGAGGAACGCAGCAGCUGUAGGAGAACAAUGUUUGGACUCUGAACAUUAAAAUAAACGAUCGAGGGGGGAAAAUACAUACAGAGAGAACCAACAGUGGACAUGCACUGGAUGAGUGAGGUGGCCUUGCAUUGAAGCAGACCCUGUCGCCCCCUGUUCCAGCAUCAGCGUCAGUGUGAUUACACUCUGAGCCUUGCCCCUUCAACAUGAGCCUGAUCCAGGACAAACUUGGCAAUGAGUUCCUCCGCUCCAAUGGUGGCAUGGAGCCAGGCUUCGGUCCGGGCAUGCUCAUGUUCAGCCACCUUCCCCCUGUUACUAGCUUCACCCGGCUGGCCAGUCAAACAGUUAUGGCUGAUCUGCAGCCCCACGAGAUGAUCUUGAAGAAGGAGAGGGACUCGCCGGGCUGUGGAGGAGGGCUGAGUACUGGAGGCAUGGGUGGUGGAGGUUGCAUAGGAGGGAUGAUGGGAAGCAUGGGAGAUUACGUUCAUGCAAUGGGCAUUAAACAGGAGAAGGUCUCUGAACAUGAUUACAGGCUGCCUCUCUACCCGGGAUGUGGAGCCGGAACUGGAAUGCGAAGUGGAGGAGAGUUGCUGGAGGUCUCGCUGGGCAACCAUCAGAACCUGGUGGUGCACGACCUCAGUCUGGGAAACCUGUCAGGACGGCUGGUAAAGGAAUCCUCAGGGAGGAAAGGUCGAAGGUCAAACGGCGAGGGACAGGAGGCCAAGACACGGAGGAAACGAGGAGAGUCGAAGUCAAUGAUGCUGGAUCCAGAUGGAGGGAGCUUGUCUCCAAACUCCAAACCGCACAUCUGUGAGCACUGCAAUGCAGCAUUCAGGAGCUCCUAUCAUUUACGCAGACAUGUGCUUAUACACACAGGUGAGAGGCCUUUCCGCUGCACUCAGUGUAACAUGAGCUUCAUUCAGAAAUACCUCUUACAGAGACACGAGAAGAUCCACAGUGGAGAGAAGCCAUUCAGCUGUGACCAGUGCAACAUGCGUUUUAUUCAGAAGUAUCACAUGGAAAGACACAAGAGAACUCAUAGUGGAGAAAAGCCAUAUAAGUGUGACACCUGCCAACAGUAUUUUUCCAGAACGGACCGGUUGCUGAAGCACAAGCGGACAUGUGGAGAUGCCAUAAAAAAGGGUGUGGAUGGGGCAGAGCACGAGUUGGGCUCAGCAGGCGACGGAGAACACGGCAGCUACGGAAUCUCUCAGGGAAAUGCUGCUACGCCUAGCCGCAAGCGGGGCAAGACAAAAAAUGCUGGUGACGGGGGUGAACGAAAACGUAAGAAGUCAUCUGGGUCUAUGGGAGUGUUGCAUAGUCAGGGGGCGGACAGUUACGGGGUGCAUGACUUUGGCUCAGCCGGGAACCACACGCUAUCAACAACAUCAUCUUCAGCCCAGCCGGGCCCCAGCAUGCAUGGUGAACACGGCCGGGCUCCCAAGAUGCCUUUCAAGAAGGGGAACAGGAAGUCCCUGGAGAAAAAUACUCACCCCAUGGAUCAAUCCAAGCCAGGAGGCAUGGAAUUGCCUGCGGGAGGAGGCUUGGACAGCCUCGGGCUUCUUCCAUGUCCAGGGGCCAAAGUUGGUCCCAGCAGCUGUAACUAUGACGAUGCCAUGCAGUUUCUGAAGAAGAGGCGAUACCUCCAUGUGCCGAACAGUGGCGGUGCUGCUUCUGGAGCUUCAGACUAUGACGUAGGUGUCAGUCAUCUGCAGUCGCAACCGACGGUCAUUCAGGGUGUCGUUUCUGGGGUCCUAGAUGGCGACGCUGCACUGGGCCUCCUGGACUCAUCCCCUUUGGGAGAUAUAAAGCAGGACAAGUCUGGUAUCCCAGAUGAGGUUCUCCAGAGCUUGUUGGACCACUAUGCUCACAAGCCUGAAGUGACCUUUGACAUCACCGAUCCCCAUCACGUUGAGCUCCAGCCAGCCACCACUGAUGCUGCAGACCCGUUGGGAACUGAGGACACCCAGUCAAGUCCCAACAGUGGUGACAAAGCCGUAAUCAUGCAUGAGUACUCACGUUUUCUACUACAGGCACUAGAGAGGACCAGUCACAGCGCAAGCUUCCCGCUGGGUUCCAGUUCUGCCGUGACUACCACAGGACCAUUUUCAGGCCCUAGCCCGCUUUUGUCAAACAAGCAUGUGUAUACUUCCUCACCUCUCGAGUACUCGUUCUCUCAACCUGUCUCGUCUUCGCCCUCCCUUUCAUCUGUGCCAAAGUCCCACUUUGGUCUCCUAGAGGGCUCGUCGCCUCCAACGGGCUUCCACUUGAGCAGCCUGGAGCAGUCUGCACACACGCAGCAGCUCACACCUUCCCAGGAGCUCACCGAACAGCUGGAUAAGCAGCACACUUCCCCUCCGCCACCUCCACUCCCCCCCAACACCAACGCCUACCAGAUCACACCUCAGCCUCCCAACCUGGGCGAUCCAAAGGAACCGCAAGGGCCGAAAAAUGGAGCCGCAGCCACCACAGGAGGAUUCUCCCUGGCUGCUUCCCAGGACCUGGCUACGCUGAACCCAGCCAAGGCUCCUUAUCAGAUCGAGAACUUUGCCCAGGCUUUUGGGACGCAGUUUAAAGGGGGCAGAGUGUCCCUGGCCUUCAGCAGUGACUCGGGGGGAGAGAUAACUCACCGCUUACAGACAUCAGUCUCCGAAUUCUCAGGGUAUAGCAGUCUCUUGGCUGAUGCCAGCGACCCAGUCAGCAGUGGCUCCAAAACCCCAACAAGCCAAAGCUACAGGACAGAACCACAUGCAAGAUUGUUCGACAGGCGGACUUCUCUUAGGGAACACAAAUUGACCACUAGGACUCAUUUAGGAAGGUUGGGGUACUCCGUUCACAACAAAGGUAGUAAUAAUAAUCACAUUAAUGAGGAGUGUGAUGACUAAAAAGAAAUCAUCACAGCUGAUGUUUUUAUACCUCAAAUCACUGGUGACAGAAGCAGGGAUAUCAAAGAGUGACUGUAUGUAGCAUGACUGAUGUGGCUACCGUUAAGAAACGCCUCAAAUAGUCCCUUUACCAUGACAACUUGUCAUUUUUUGUAUUGUGCUAUUUACUUUUUCCCUCUUCAGAGACAAUUUUCUGAAUGCAAGGUUCUUGACGUUGGUCACUUUGUAUUUCAAUAACUGUAAGGUCAGGAGAUCCAAAGAUGCUAUGAAUUGAAAUUUAAAUGUAUUCAGAUUGUGCACAGGCUAUCAAUUUAUUUUUGUUUUAAAUUCAACCUGUGCCCCGCAGUUAUGUUCUGUAAUUUGUUUUAUGAUUUGAUGUGAAGCACAGCUGAAAUAUGAUUUCCGGUUCAAUGUGUAAAGCCCCCCUCAGAGACUGUUAAGCCUUGAAUGAUAUCCUAUGUGGCUUGAAUAAUGUCAGCCAUCAGCCUGUCAGUGGUUGCCACCAUAAGGAUCUCUUGACACUUUUUAUUUUAAUUUGUUCUUUUUUGGCUUCACGCUGUAUAUUCCUGAAAGUAUUCAUUUU